GCCACCCGGAAGCGCUUGCUCUGCAGGGCUGUGAGGAGGGAAGAUGGCGGCGGAGGAGCCUCAGCAGCAGCCGGAGCCCCUCGGCGGGGACACGGACGGAGUGAAUUGCUUGGCCUAUGAUGAAGCCAUAAUGGCUCAGCAGGAUAGAAUUCAGCAGGAGAUCGCUGUCCAGAACCCAUUAGUCUCCGAAAAGAUGGAAUUGACAGUCCUGUACAAAGAAUACGCUGACGAUGACCAUGUAUAUCAGCAGAAGAUCAAGGAUCUUCUGCAGAAGUAUUCGUUCAUCCGGAAGACGAGGCCAGAUGGCAACUGUUUCUACCGGGCGUUUGGCUUUUCCCAUUUGGAGGCUCUUUUGGAGGACGGGAAAGAGCUGCAACGCUUCAAAGAAGUGGCCGCCAAAAGCAAGGAAGUGUUGGUGUCACAGGGUUUCACGGAGUUCACCAUUGAGGACUUCCACAACACGGUAAGGCCUGCCCUGAUUCAAAUGAUGUCUUCUCCAUAUCUGGCUCUCUCAGAAGCUGGAAAUGGUGGGAUUUUGUAGUUUGAAACAUACCCA